AUGUUUGAUAAUAUUUGCACGAUAGCUUUGGGAUUCGAACCAAAGUUUCUCCUCCCUUCUUUUCACGAAAUACUGUUUGCAACAACCUUUGAUAAAGGAACACGACUCAGCAGCCAGAGGUUAACCGUAGUAACUCCAUUGAUAUGGAAAGUGAACAAAUUCCUUAACAUCGGAACAAAGCGACGACUAAAAGUAGUAGUUGCAGAAGUAAGAGGACUCACCAGAAAAUUUUUUAGGGCUAAGAAAAGAGAGCUUGAAGAAAAAAUAGUAUUGUUGGAAUCUGUGAAUCUUUUAUCGAAUUUCAUAAACUCUAGUCAUUUAGAUGAAUCUUUUGUUAUUGAAAUUGUAAUAAGCUUUAUCAUUGCUUGGAGAGAUACAACUUCAGUAACACUCACAUAG